CAGCUUUGGGGAACGGACAAGAUAGCAGCACGAAAGCAAUGUCGAACAGUCCGCAUGCGGACGGCGGACGAUGACAGAAUGCAAAGGCGAGCGCAAACGAGCGUAUGCGCCCAAGACGCGAUCUGGGUGCAAGACGUGCAAAUUGCGUAGAAUCAAGUGCGAUGAGGCAAAGCCCGCGUGCAAGCGGUGCACUUCGACUGGACGCCAGUGCGAUGGAUAUGCCGUGAGCCAGAACGCUUUGGUCUCUCUCAGGCCUGUCAACAUCUUACCCAAAGAACCUUUGAACACUAUCAUCGGAGCUCGUGGUUUGGAGGGCCAGCUGAAUUUCUUCGCGGACCAGAUUGCGCCCAAAAUUGCUGGGUUUUACGAUGACUUGGACUUCUGGAAGGUCAAGGUUGUCCAGCUCGGUCAUACUGAGCCCGCGAUUCGACUUGCCAUUCAGGCUGUCAGUUCUCUCCAUGCUGAAGUAGAGAAAGCCCAAGGGAAUACCAUAGCGAACGUCAAUCCGACUAUACUGAGAGACUACAACAACGCUAUUCGACAUCUGGUGCAAUCAUCAUCUGAUCCGUUGUAUGUCAAAGCUGUGGUGGUCGCGCUCUUUGUGUGUCUUGAGUUUCUUGCCGGUAACGAAGAUGCUGCCGCCAUACAUAUCAAUGGAGGUCUCAAGCUCUUGCAGGAUUGGAAGACACGAUCGAAAUCGCAAUCUCCUGAUUCAUCAAGCUCGUCAAACUCAUCACCACGCAGUGGAACAGACUCAGAACAAGACCUCAUGGAUGACUUGAGCUCCACAUUCUCUAGACUCGCAUUGCACUCCAAGGUUUUUGGGAAGCGAAUGCUCUGGAUCGAUGUUCCCGGGACUGAAAGAGCGCAUGAUUAUCACUAUCUCUUCGAGACAAUGAAUCAAGCGCGCGACGAAGCUUUCGCCAUUCUCGACGAGGCCAUUGAUUUUAUCUCACGCGGCACGCCUGUAUCGUACACCGAGCAAGGUGUAGAUGAGUCUUUCUAUGCCGAGCAGCGAGUCCUCAUUGCUCGCACGUUACAGUGGAGGAAGUCUUUCAAGGAAUUCUCGCGAAGAGAACAGAUGAAUUUUACGCAAAUGCAAAUACGGGCCGGGAAUAUGGUACAGUGCCUGAUAAUUUGCACAUACAUAUGGGCUUGCACGUGUCUGUCUCCAUACGAAGAGGACUACGACAAGUUUACUCCGGAAUUCCAAGAAGUUAUUGACCUGAGCAGAACCAUAGUAGAGAUACCUCAAGAGUACCUCUGCAAUAAUAUUGGUCGCUUUCAGAUUGACAUGGGCUUGAUCCCGGCACUCCAUCUCACCGGCACCCGUUGUCGUGUUCCUUCAAUACGGCAAGCCGCUGUUGAGAUAUUAUCAACCCAUCAUUGGCGCGAAGGUCUCUUUGACAGCUUCCGAUCUUCACAGUUCAUAAUCAUGUGCACCAAGCUCGAAGAAGCUGCAAAACAGAAGUUGAUGGGUCUUGAACCCCACGAGCUCGCAGACUACUUACCUUGCGAGGGCGCAAGAAUACAUUUCGUUGGUGUAGACAAGCAAAUCACCAAUGAAAAGGGCGUAGACACACUACUCCACAGCUUUUACUCUAAGCCGUAUGGCGCCUUUGGUGAUUGGCACGUACAACAAUGCCAUCUGCCGGCAUCGCCUCUCUCGGUCAAUAUAGCAAACCCUUCACCUACGGAAUUGCAGGCAGUGCCACACAGUGCGUACCAGAUGCCACACAUGUAUGUGGGCACACAGAAGAAAAGCGGGUCUUACUCACAUCAAAAGGACGCAGCAUUUUGCCCUGAAAUGCUUGGAAAUGGCACAACCGAGCGAAAUCAGACCAAACUAAUGAAUGUGAUGGUUCACAGCGAUGAAAACAUGGAGUUCACAGUACCUCAUAACGUCACGCAAACCUUGGGAGAAACGAGCAAUGGCAUGUUCUACAUGCAUCUAGUGGGGGCGACACCUCUUGUGAGCCAAUGGCUACAACCGCAAAAGCACACUCAUUCCGUGCUGUUGUAGAGUAGGACUGGCGAAUUUUUCUCACUCGCUUACGAGUGCUCUUAUCCAUUGUAUAUAUCUAUUGUUUCUAGCAUCCCUCCCCCGCUCUUGAGUAGACAGAUUUAUUCGAGACGUUUGAUGUUACAGUACCGAUUCUCAUCCUAGCCCAUAGUGCUUCUGCUGAUUCCAUCUUUAGCAUUGGGACAUCUGUUCCACUGUGUUUGAGAAUCAUGGCGUCGACGUACACUCGAUCAAGGCGCCAGCAAUUUCUGAGAAUUUUGAUGUCAGGAUCGCGUAGGAGGAACAGUUAAUUUGUCCCACUCGGCUAAGAACUACUCUCAUGAAAAUCAGAUUGAAGGAGAGAGCGGCAUUCUAAUGGAAUUCAGUGAGAUGAACAGAAUGGUGUAUGUAGCUCGAGAGAGAAAUCACGCACUGAAAUCGCGCAUUCAAGGAACUAUGUCACCAUGCUUCGAUCGGACCCUGGUGAUCUG